AUGGAGUAUUCGGCAGAAGAGGCACAGAAGGCUAUUGCGGAUGUGGUGGAGAGGGACUUGUACGAGGAACUGGAGCUGGUCGCUCAGCCGCCGCCGACCGACAAAGCCAUUCGCAAACAGUAUCGGUCUCUGGCACGCAAGGUCCAUCCUGAUCGGAAUCCUGGAGAUGAAGCUGCUGCUGCUGUCUUUCAUGCCCUGCAUCGGGCGUACGAGGUUCUCUCGCACCCGCAGCUCCGGAUUGCUUAUGACUCGGUUCUCGCUGCAAACGCGUCCAAGAAGCGGAAGCGGCAGGAGAUGCAGGCCGAGAGACGCGCAGCGGCCGACGAGAUGGAUGCCCGGGAGGAAGCUUCGCGCAAGGCCAAGAGAGCCCGUCAUAAGGCGGAUGCGCAGCAGGCGGCAAAGGACGUCGUCGAUGCCAAGAAGCGCGCGGCGCUGAAGGACCAGAUCGCGUCACUGAGAGCGAUGCACACCCCGCUGGCAUCACCAGCGCCAAGUCCGCCGCCAUCGGCUACCGCUAGCCCUGCUCCGCCGGGCGUUCGCGCCAUUGCGCUCAAAUGGAACGCAAAGGUUGGCGGACCGGAUCGUGUCAAGGAGCUGCUUGGCAUGUUUGGCAAUGUUGACUCGUGGCUGCACAAGCCGCCCAAGCCCGGCAAGUCCAAGCACAAGGCCGUGGCGGUGAUGGCUAGCCAGGACGAGGCGGAAGACGUCAUGUCGACAACCGCGGCCUCGUCAUGGGCAAGUCGCGGCAUUGCCAUGUCGUGGGCAGGGUGAGCAUCGGCGGAUGUAUUGGCUCAGGGAGUCGGGGCUACGGGCGCGAGGCCGCGCGCAUACGCGCCAGCUCGUUGACAGCAACGAGAUAGGCCUUGACAAGCUGGUCCUUAUCGAGCGCGCGGGGGUUGACACAGACAAGUCCGUCGGGCCCAGGAAAGGCGACCGAGGUAACCGAGCUGUCCCAAACAAGCGUGCGGCUGGACGAGUUAGCGAGGACAGCUGUCGCCGCCGGUGGCGGCUUUGACGACGCUGGCGGACGGGCCGGCGGCGUUGGCCGCUUGCCACCGACGGCGUCCUCCAAG